CGCUACAGUUCGGAGCUGCCACCUCGGAGAUCUGACUUACUCGUGCGCCCCGCCCAUCACUGCUUAAUCUGCAAAAAUGUCUGACAAACCAGAUAUGGCUGAGAUUCAGAAAUUCGAUAAGUCUAAAUUGAAGAAGACAGAAACACAAGAGAAAAACCCACUGCCUUCAAAAGAAACAAUUGAACAGGAGAAGCAAGCGGGUGAAUCGUAAUGAAAUCUGCCCUGCCAAUAUGCACUGUACAUUCCACAAGCAUUGCCUUCUUAAUUUUACUUCUUUUAGCUGUUUAACUUUGUAAGAUGCAAAGAGGUUGGAUAAAGUUUAAAUGACUGUGCUGCCCCUUUCAACAUCAAAAGAAUAAAGAACUACUGACAUUGAAUUGAGUGAAGGCCAAGCCGGCUGCCUCUUUCCAUCUGCCUGUCCUGGCUAGUUUGGGUCCUGGUGGCAUUAAAAAAAAAAAAAUUUUUUUUUUUUUUUUAAAAGAGCUUGCAUGUUGGUGAAAAGAAGAACCCGGGUGGAAAUCUAGUUAACAGUAAAAUGCAAAGCUGUACCAAGGUCCUGGCAAGCUGUAAAAUGCAGUUAAUCAGAGUGCCAUUUUUUGUUUUGUUCAAAUGAUUUUAAUUAUUGGAAUGCACAAUUUUUUUAAUAUGCAAAUAAAAAGUUUUAAAACCUGGCUGGUAUUGCUGUGUUAUCUUUGGAAGAUCAAUGUUGCAGGAAGAAAACUUGAAUGAUUGUCAUUGCCUCAUGGAUGGUAGGGGUUCAUUUGAAGAUAAGCAAUAAAUGCCAAAAAAAAAAACAAACCAUGAUUUUUCUGUAUUGGGUGAAUCCUAUUGCAGGAUAAGAAUUUCCAUCCCCGAUUAUGUAAGAUAUCUGUAUAUAUGACUAGCAUUCUGUACUAGUUCUCCAUGACCUUGUUUUCUUAGGUUUACUUUAUUAUUAGAAUUUGCUUUAUUUACCUGUAAUUGGGAUAUCUGUAAAUUGUUAAAAGUACUAAGGAAUCUGCUGUGUCCACAUUUGGGGAUUUUCUUUCUGUGUGACCUAAUCACUGGAGAUCAGUGUGCAACUCAGUACCUUAAAUCUAGCACUUGAUAAAAUUAUCCAAUUAAUGGCAUUGGUGCAAAUAGAGCCUGGUUGAGGAUUUCAUAUCUAGUAGCAGGGGAAUUGUACAUGUGCUUUCACCUUAUUGUUUGAUGGCCUAAUUUCUAUUGAAUGGUAAAAUGAUAAGUAUUUUUUUUCCAAUAACAGUUGUGAUUUUAAAAAUUCAUUGUACCAUCUUGUAUUUGCAUAAUAAACCUUGAUGGACUAAAAGUAGUAUAGCUGGCAA